ACACGAUUUUUAUCAGAGUGGGUCUUAAGCAUGUGCUCAAUUUAUGUUAGGCACAGAUAAAAGGUGGGACAGAGAAAGGGAUGAUGAGGGGCAAUUCUGACAGCUUCUCUGUCCUAUGCAGGUUUCAUUGUGUUGGUCUGAAUGGUGCAGCAGAAUCAUUAGAGGAGAUUGAUCAGAGACGGAUCCGUCUUCUUCUUUUUUUUUUUUUUUAAGUUUGGUGUCUGAAACUCAUUAGAAAUGCCAGUGCAUUAGGAAGAGCAGAGCGUAGCAGCUUUCCCCACCCGUCUAAACCGGCUCCCACUGCAGCCAAGCGUUAGAUAUCUCCAGCAGAAGAAGAAGAGGAAGAAGAGGAGAGUCAGGCUGUAUAAAGUUUGGGAGUGGGAGGGGUGAGCAGAGCAUGUCGACAAUGUGGAGUGAAUUUUCAGCACAGCCCCAGGGAGCACAGGAGAGGUGUGAAAAGAAGGCUGGUCGCGUUGAUGUAGACUCUUUAAAUUUCCUCAGACAGGUCACAAAAGAAGUAUCCAGUUUGUGUGUGCUCGCCUUGUGUGUGGGCGACUGGCUGUGAAUGUAAUUGACCAUGGUAAUGGCCAUUACAUGGGACAGCAAAGGACAGCAAUGAGAGAAACCGUCCAUCUGUGGAGUGACUUUAUGGAGCUCCAGUUCGAACGGCUGACUCGGGAGCUGGAAGUGGAGAGGCAGAUUGUGGCCAAUCAGCUGGAAAGAUGCAGACUUGAAGCGGAGUCACCAGGCACGGGGAGCAGCAGUUCAUCUGAGAAGUCCCUGCCAUGGAAAACUGCAGAUGUCUCCACCUCAGGGGACAACAAGUCUCGAGUGACUGACAGCUCCCAGUCGCCCAGCUACCGAAUUAGGACUGAGUCAGAGCAGGUGUCUCUGUACUCCCCAGAGCAGACUUCCCUUCAUGAAAGUGAGGGAUCCGCAGGGAAUUCGAGCGGCUCGGCUCAGAUGAACUCGUACUCCGAUAGCGGCUAUCAGGAUGCCAGUAGUGGCUAUCUCAGCAGCCAGAGCCAGGGCAAGGCUGAGCUGAGGGUGCAGCACUCCUUCCCUGGUGCUGGCACAGGUACACUGGCGAGGAAGGCUGAAGGCCAGGCGUCAGCACAGGUUCAAGCUGUGACGACAGCAGUACCUGGCCGUGCUAUGCGAAGGGUUAGCUCAGUGCCUUCUCGCUCCCACUCGCCAGCCUACGCCACCAGUGUGUCCCCGUCCCGCGGAUCUCUGCGCAACACCGUCAGCAGUGCCUACGGCUCUCCGAUUGUCACCGAACCCAAGCCCCUCGCCAGCAUCUACUCCACAACGUUGCCCUCACCCCAGCGCACCAGCAGCACCGGCGGCAGCUGCUCGCCCUACUCCACCCAGAAAAACUCCCCCGCAGGACUGCGACGCAUGAGCUCCACAAACUCUCGAUCCAGCCGCACCACGUCGCCCUAUCAUACCUCGGCGGGGUCGUCGACGGGCCGCAUGAACUCCCCGUUGACGAUGGCGGAUAACAAUAACGCUCCGCUGACGAAGCAGCCCGCCCACUCAUCGUCUCCAGUCAGGGCUACCAUGACCGCUGUGCCCCAGCAAUACAGCUGCACUCUGCCUCGCUCUGUGCCCCACAACGCUGACCCGUACGGACCUCAGAACUACGACAUUUAUGAGAGAAUGACACGACCUGACAGCCUAACAGAUGCCCUUGUUGAUGGUGACAUUCAAGGAAUGCGAAGCUCAUACGCCAGUCAACACAGCCAGCUUGGCCAGGAUGUGAGGACGACAAUAUCCCCAGACCGCCACAUAGCACCAAUCUACGAGGAUCGGACGUUUCAGGGGCCGUUAUACCGCAGCCCCAGCCACACCCAGCAGGGCACCCUCUACCGGAGCAGCUCAGGUGUGGGAAGCCUGAAGAGAACGUCCAGCCAGCGAAAUGCCAUGACUUACCAAAGAAACAGCUACGGUCUCAACUCUGCUGCCACCUAUGCUGACGCAUAUCGCUCGGCGCCGUACCGGCCCUCCGAUCCGGCCUACGCUCGCCAGCCUAUCAUGGUGGAUGACGGCGCACCUCGUUCCCCUUCCAUCGACAGCAUUCAGAAGGACCCCAGAGAGUUUGCGUGGCGUGACCCGGAGCUGGCGGAGGUGAUCCAAAUGCUGCAGCACCACUUUCCCUCAGUGCAGGCCAACGCAGCUGCCUACCUGCAGCACCUGUGCUUUGGUGAUAACCGAGUCAAGACGGAGGUGGGUCGACUGGGAGGAAUCAAACACCUGGUGGACCUGCUGGACCACAAAGCCGUGGAGGUGCAGAGGAACUCUUGUGGCGCUCUGAGGAACCUCGUCUACGGCAAAGCAAUGGAUGAUAACAAGAUCGCUGUGAGGAACGCCGGAGGUAUUCCAGCAUUGCUUCGACUCCUGAGGAAGUCUGUGGACGCGGAAGUGCGAGAGCUCGUUACAGGUGUGCUCUGGAACCUCUCAUCGUGUGACGCCGUCAAGAUGACAAUCAUCCGAGACGCCUUAGUAACUCUGACCAAUACUGUGAUCAUCCCUCACUCCGGAUGGAGCAGCUCAACCUUCGACAGCGAGCACAAGUUGAAGUUCCACUCCUCCCUGGUGCUGAGGAACACCACUGGCUGCCUCAGGAACCUGAGCUCAGCCGGAGAGGAAGCCAGAAAACAGAUGCGCACUUGUGAGGGUCUGGUUGACUCUCUGCUCUACGUAAUCAAAGCCUGUGUAAACACCGCUGAAUUCGACAGCAAGAUUGUGGAGAACUGCAUUUGCACUCUACGGAACCUUUCGUACCGUCUGGAGCUGGAGAUGAUGCCGUCCCGGCAGAUGGGUGGGGAGGAGCUGGACGGUUUACUGGGCAGAGAGUCGCCCAGCAAAGAGGUGGACUCCAGCUGCUGGGGCAGGAAGAAGAAGAAGAAGAAAAACAGCAUGCAGGAGGAUUCCUGGGACGGAGUGGGGCCCAUCCCCGGGUUCUCUAAGUCUCCCAAAGGGGCUGAGAUGUUGUGGCACCCGUCUGUGGUUAAGCCCUACUUGACGCUGCUGGCUGAAAGCUCCAAUCCGGCCACGUUGGAAGGUUCUGCCGGGUCUCUUCAGAACCUGUCAGCUGGCAACUGGAAGUUUGCAGCGUACAUACGUGCAGCAGUGCGCAAAGAGAAGGGACUGCCCAUCCUGGUGGAGCUGCUGCGGAUGGACAACGACCGGGUGGUGUGCUCCGUAGCCACUGCUCUGAGAAACAUGGCACUGGACGUCAGGAACAAGGAGCUUAUAGGGAAGUAUGCAAUGAGGGACCUGGUGAACCGUCUCCCCGGGGGGAACACCACUCUGCUGUCGGACGAGACUGUAGCAGCCAUCUGUUGCACCCUGCACGAGGUCACCAGCAAAAACAUGGAGAACGCGAAGGCUUUGGCCGACACGGGCGGCAUCGAGAAGCUGGUCAACAUCACCAAGACUAGAGGAGACAGGUACUCUGUGAAGGUGGUGAAAGCAGCCGCCCAGGUGCUGAACACUCUGUGGCAGUACAGGGAUCUGCGUGCAAUCUACAAAAAAGACGGAUGGAACCAAAACCAUUUCCUCACCCCGGUUUCUACACUCGAACGGGAAAGGUUCAAAUCCCAGCCCACGCUCCUGACCAAUUCCAUUCAGAUGUCUCCAGUCAGCCAUCCGGCUGCCAGUGCCACGUCAUCUCCUGCAACUCUAGGCAUGAAAGAGCACAGGGACAGCAUGAGGGACUAUCAGAGCUCCCACUCAGCUAUGCAGUUUUAUAACUACAGAGAAGACGGCAGUAAUCACAAAAAACCGUACACAGGUUCUGGAAAACCCUCUCCGUAUUACUACUCCACACCCACGAGGGAGGAGCCCAGAAGAACACAGCCGCUGUAUUACACAGAGGAUCCCUGCCGGAGGAGCUACGAUCCAUACCGAAUGUACCUGCAGCAUCCUCACAGCUACGACGACACAUAUUUAGAGGAGGUCAUCACGUACCCCCCCACAGUGGACUACAGCUUUCAGCCUCAUGGAGUCAAACCCGCCCCCAACUAUGUGGACUAUUACGCCAGCACGCAGAGGCCUUCUUACCGGGCGGAGCAGUACCCAGGCUCUCCUGACUCCUGGGUCUGAAGAUACAACUUCAAAGAGGAGCAGCUAAAAGAGGGGAGGGGGGCACACAGGAAACAACAGCAUUUUUCAUGGACUUGUUUUUUUUUUUUUUUAUAAGUGUUUUUGUGCUCAAGUGGACGUGUGCGAGGGAGUGUGUGCGUGCGGACGGAGUUCCGCUGAGUGGCAGCAGGUGGAGAAAUGGAACGUGUGCCGAGGAAGGAAACCAGAGAACGUUUUAUUCUGUUGCAGAGGGAGAUGGGAAUCGUGCCGAGGGGGACACUACAGCGAGCGGAGGCGCGUCCUGGUGUCUGUAGCUGUUAGCUUUAUUGUGAUAGCGCUUGAAAGGUGUGAAUCGAGGGUAUGCGGUGGGAGUCAAAAAAUAAAGAGGAUGAUGUAUGUGGAGAAGAUGAACUGGAUCAUGAACUCAUCUGUAAAUCCUGCAAGAGUAGUUACAUGUUAGAUUGUACAGAAAGAUCAAAUUGUAUCUGUACGUAAUGUUGAAUCAGUGUAAUGCCGUUAAAUCUUGUACAUUUCUUCCAUUUGACUGUAAAUACCGAACAAAAAAAAAAAGAGACAUGUUACUCGGUUUACACAUCAGCACUGGUAAGAAAAAAACAGCUUGUGCCAUUUUAGAUGUCUAUGAAGAUAUAUAAAUAUACAAAUAUGUGAACAAAGUUGAAAUGUUGGAAAAAAUAAAAGGUCAGUUUUGUUUUUUAAA